AUGUCGGUGCUGAUGAAUGAUGGGACGUUGGUGCUGAUGAAUGAUGGGACGUUGGUGCUGAUGAAUGAUGGGAUGCCGAUGCUGAUGAAUGAUGGGAUGCCGGUGCUGAUGAAUGAGAUGAAUGAUGGGAUGUCGGUGCUGAUGAAUGAUGGGAUGCCGGUGCUGAUGAAUGAGAUAAAUGAUGGGAUGCCGGUGUUGAUGAAUGAUGGGAUGUCGGUGUUGAUGAAUGAUGGGAUGUCAGUGCUAAUGAAUGAUGGGAUGUCAAUGUUGAUGAAUAAUAGGAUGUUGGUGAUGAAGAAUGAUGGAAUGCCGGUGCUGAUGAAUAAUAGGAUGUCGAUGUUGAUGAAUGAUAGGAUGCCAGUGCUAAUGAAUGAUGGGAUGCCGGUGCUGAUGAAUGAUGGGAUGUUGGUGCUGAUGAAUAAUAGGAUGUCGAUGUUGAUGAAUGAUAGGAUGCCGGUGCUGAUGAAUGAAAUGAAUGAUAGGAUGUCGGUGCUGAUGAAUGAUGGGAUGUCAAUGUUGAUGAAUGAUGGGAUGUUGGUGCUGAAGAAUGAUGGAAUGCCGGUGCUGAUGAAUGAUGGGAUGCCGGUGCUGAUGAAUAAUAGGAUGUCGAUGUUGAUGAAUGAUGGAAUGCCAGUGCUGAUGAAUAAAGGAAUGCCGGUGCUGAUGAAUGAUGGGAUGUUGUGA